GGGCGCAUGCGCAGCCUGCGUUAGUGAUGGAGGAGAGAAGAUGGCGGAAGCGGAGUCUCGGAGUGUAAUGCAGCGGUGCGGCCCCUGCCACGCGUCCGCGGCGCUCGGAUUCUCGGAGCAGUUUCGGUCCCCGACCCGCUUCCCGUAGGGGCUGUCCGAGGCCCGGCGAGCGGAAUCCCACCCUCCAGGCGGCGGCGUCUGUACUGGCGUUUGGCAAUUUAAGGACCACAGUACAGCUAUGGAUACUGAACCAAACCCUGGAACAUCUUCUGUGUCGACAACAACCAGUAGUACCACCACCACCACCAUUACCACUUCCUCCUCUCGAAUGCAGCAGCCACAGAUCUCUGUCUACAGUGGCUCGGACCGACAUGCUGUACAGGUAAUCCAACAGGCCUUGCAUCGCCCCCCCAGCUCAGCUGCGCAGUACCUGCAGCAGAUGUACGCGGCUCAGCAGCAGCACCUGAUGCUGCACACGGCGGCCCUCCAGCAGCAGCAUCUGAGCAGCUCGCAGCUCCAGAGCCUCGCUGCUGUCCAGGCAAGUUUGACCAGUGGAAGACCACCUACAUCUCCUACAGGAAGUGUCACACAGCAGUCAAGUAUGUCUCAGACAUCUAUCAACCUCUCCACUUCUCCUACACCCGCACAGUUAAUAAGUCGUUCCCAGACUUCCAGUUCUACCAGCGGCAGUAUUACCCAGCAGACUAUGUUACUAGGGAGUACCUCCCCAACCCUGACAGCAAGCCAAGCGCAAAUGUAUCUCCGAGCUCAAAUGCUGAUUUUCACACCCGCUACCACUGUGGCUGCUGUACAGUCUGACAUUCCUGUUGUCUCGUCGUCACCGUCAUCUUCCUGUCAGUCUACAGCUACUCAGGUUCAGAAUUUAACUUUACGCAGCCAGAAGCUCGGUGUAUUAUCUAGCUCACAGAAUGGUCCACCAAAAAGCACUAAUCAAACUCAGUCAUUGACAAUUUGUCAUAAUAAAACAACAGUGACCAGUUCCAAAAUCAGCCAACGUGAUUCUUCUCCGGAAAGUAGUAAGAAAGGAGAAAGCCCCAGCCUGGAAUCCAGAAGCACAGCUGUCACCAGGACUUCCAGCAUUCACCAGUUGAUAGCACCAGCUUCAUAUCCUCCAAUUCAGCCUCAUCCUCUAAUAAAACAUCAGCAGAUUCCUCUUCAUUCGACACCUCCCAAGGUUUCCCAUCAUCAGCUGAUACUACAACAGCAGCAACAGCAAAUUCAGCCAAUCACACUUCAAAAUCCAAUUCAAGACCCACCUUCAUCCCAGCACUGCAUCCCACUCUCAAACCAUGGCCUUCCCGCAGCUUCCAGUAACGCCCAGUCACAGCACUGCUCACCAAUUCAGAGCCACCCACCUCCUUUAACACUGUCCCCAACCCAGUCGCAGUCAGCACAGCAAUCUGUAGUAGUAUCUCCUCCACCACCUCAUUCCCCAAGUCAGUCUCCGACUAUAAUUAUUCACCCGCAAGCACUUAUUCAGCCACACUCUCUGGUAUCACCAACUCUCCAGUCAGGGCCAAGUUUGCAGCAGUCCACUGCUAACCAGGUACCACCUACAGCACAGCUCACUCUUCCGUCCCAUCUUCCACUUCCAGCUUCUCCUGUUGUACACAUUGGCCCAGUCCAACAGUCUGCCUUAGUGUCCCCAGGUCAGCAGAUUGUGUCUCCAACGUCACACCAGCAGUACUCCGCUCUGCAGUCCUCUCCAAUCCCAAUCGCAACGCCUCCACAUAUGUCAGCCUCUCCUCCAGCUCAGAUUCCACCGCUGCCCUUGCAGUCUAUGCAGUCUUUACAAGUGCAGCCUGAAAUUCUGUCCCAGGGUCAGGUUUUGGUGCAGAAUGCUUUGGUGUCAGAAGAGGAGCUUCCAGCUGCUGAAGCUUUGGUCCAGUUGCCAUUUCAGACUCUUCCUCCUCCACAGACUGUGGCGGUAAACCUCCAAGUCCAACCACCAGCACCUGUUGAUCCACCAGUGGUUUACCAAGUAGAAGAUGUGUGUGAAGAAGAAAUGGCCGAGGAGCCUGAGGAGUGCGCGCGCAUGGACAGGACCCCGCCCCCUCCCACGCUGUCCCCUGCGGCCGUUGCUGUGGGCAGGGAAGACCUGACCUCAGAGCACCCUUUGCUAGAGCAAGUGGAAUUACCUGCUGUGGUAUCAGUCAGUGCUUCAGUAAUUAAAUCUCCAUCAGACCCUUCGCACGUCUCUAUUCCUCCGCCUCCACUCUUACUUCCAGCCGCUACCACGAGGAGUAAUAAUCCUUCUAUGUCCAGUACAAUUCCCAGUAUAGAAAACAAACCUCCACAGGCUAUUGUUAAGCCCCAGAUUUUGACCCAUGUUAUUGAAGGCUUUGUGAUUCAGGAGGGAUUAGAGCCAUUUCCUGUGACUCGUUCAUCUUUGCUAACAGAACAGCCUGUUAAAAAAAGGCCUCUUUUGGAUAAUCAGGUGAUAAAUUCUGUUUGUGUUCAGCCAGAACUGCAGAAUAAUACAAAGCACGCGGAUAAUUCAUCUGACACAGAGAUAGAAGACAUGAUUGCUGAAGAGACAUUAGAAGAGAUGGACAGUGAAUUGCUCAAAUGUGAAUUUUGUGGAAAGAUGGGAUAUGCUAAUGAAUUUCUUCGGUCAAAACGAUUCUGUACUAUGUCAUGUGCCAAAAGGUACAAUGUUAGUUGUUCAAAAAAAUUUGCACUUAGUCGCUGGAAUCGUAAGCCUGAUAAUGCAAGCCUCGGGCACCGUGGCCGCCGUGCCAGUGGCGCUGAGGGGGCGGCGAGAGAGCAUCUCCUCAGGCAGCUUCCAAUUACUUAUCCAUCUGCAGAAGAAGACUUGGCUUCUCAUGAGGAUUCCGUGCCGUCUGCCAUGACCACGCGGCUGCGCAGGCAGAGUGAGCGGGAGCGAGAGCGGGAGCUCCGGGACGUGCGGGUCAGGAAAGUGCCCGAGAGCGCCGACCUGCUGCCGGCUGCACAGACAGAGCCGGCUGUCUGGACCGUGGAUGACGUGUGGGCCUUCAUUCAUUCUUUGCCGGGCUGCCAGGAUAUUGCAGAUGAGUUCAGAGCACAGGAGAUUGAUGGACAGGCCCUUCUCUUGCUAAAAGAAGACCAUCUUAUGAGUGCAAUGAAUAUAAAGCUAGGCCCAGCCCUAAAGAUCUGUGCACGCAUCAACUCUCUGAAGGAAUCUUAACAGAAUCACAAAGUCUUGUGAUAUCAGCAGUUUUACUCUUCUCACACAAAUGUAAUGUGUAAGGUAAAAGGCUGAAGCUGGCCUUUAAAAUUACACUUACUUUGGUGGAUAGCCAAGCACAGUGGGAUCUACGUCUCAAAAGCUGACAUUUCUUCAACAUAUUCAUGCAUUUUCAUAAUUUACCAACAUUGGUGAAAUUAAUUUUACAGGUUGCACACAACAUUGAAAGACUUGUUACAGAGGGCCAUGAUAUUUUUCAAAGAAAUGUGUUAUACUAGAUAAUUUUUUAAAGGGUGAUGUUUAUCAUUAAUAUAAAAAAUCCUUUUAAAAAAGUAAUUUGAUGAUUUACAUUUUCCUCUUUUGAUUCGGUUUUCGUAUACAUUUUUCUACCCUGUAAAUUUUCUAUAGGUUGUUAUGAGAGAUAUCAUUUGGAGUCCGGUGAUUGGAAUUGUAUAAAACGAGGUAUCAUUGUGUGCUUUAGAGAAACUUCUCUGUUAGUUGCUUUGUGAAAAAAGGUUUGCAUUCUUGCAUAAAUAACACUAUCUGUGACUUAGAACACUUGGUUUCUGUUCCAAAUUUGAGUGAAGAAUUCAUUUGGUAUUGCUAAAUAUCCUACAGUCCUCAAGAGAAGCAGAGAUGUCAGGCCCAUAUGUCAGCAGUGCCAAGGUUAUGACCUAGAUGUAGGAGUGAUCAGUGUUUCAGUAUUUCACCAAAAGGGUAUUUUUUUAAAGGGACAUAAGAAUAUUAUAUUGAAGUAUUUCAGAUAGCAUUAAUGUUUUGCUGAAGUUUUUCCUUAGUUUUGGAUAUAUUAGAAAGACUAAAAGUCUGUUAAAUUGGCAUAUAAUAAAAGGUCGCAGGUUCAAGUAAUGAUUCUCAGAAGGUACUGAUUCAUGUUAUCUUCCAUAUCUGUGUUCCACUGCUCUGGUGAGGGCAUCUGAUUAUAGUUUGAAUCAGUGCUGGCUAGCAGAUAGUUUCAGCAGAUAUGUUAGAUAUGUCAUUGCUCUCUAGAUUAUUUCAGAUAUUAAACAUGCCAGGUUUAGUUAGAAUGUGCGUUGCUUUUCUUGAUUAAACCCUUGAAUGUUUCUUGCAAAGCACUUAUACCAAGUGGUAGCUCUUGGGUGACCAGAUCUAAUUUUCUCUAUGUGUUUUAAGGAAGAAAAACACAAUUUCAAGUAGAAUCUUUCAUUGAACAGCUAGUGUUCUAUAGACUUAAGACACUAAAACAGAAUCAUUUGUGAGAGCCCUGGACAGCAGACAUGUACUUUAAUCUUAUCUUUAUUACACUUGAGAUGUUUAAAUGAUUGAAGGAACAUACAUGAGUGUUUUGGCAGAAGUCCAACUCAUUAGGAAGGGCCGGUGGGUUUCAAUCACUGUCACUGCUCUUUCCAAAAAAGAUUGUGUUGAGCUAGUAGAAGACUAAAGAUGUCUCUAGAGACAUCACAGAUAUUUAUCUUUUGGCUUUGUGUACAUUAGAAAAUGUUGAUUAUUUUUAUACAAAAAUACAGCGGGUAAUUUUUUUAAUCUUUAGAUGCCUCUUGUUUGAAUGUAUGCUAUGUGGGGUUCCUUUGUGUAGUAACGGUUUUAAAAAAAGAUGUUUACUAAUAGUUAUAUGUAGGAUUAGAAGGUGUAAUAUAGUGUAAGGCUCAUAUUCCAGACCUACAAUAGUUUGUACUCUUCGUUACAUAUUUCUUUAUACCAUGUUUUUAAAUGGUCAAAUGUCAAGAAAGGUUAGGUACUCUAGACUCCGUUCUCAUUUAUCAGUAGUUAUUUGUCAUAUUUGUUAUGUGCUUGACUUCUCUCUUAUUUUGCAAUUUCAAAACACAGAUUCAGGCUGAGCUUUAGGAGGAGAUAGUCCAUUUGACAGGGGUCAGAGAAACUAAGGAGAAUCUUUCCUGGAGUUAAAAUUGUCAUGGAUGAUCCACAGACAAUUGAUAAUAAAUUCAUUGUUGAAGAUCGCCUCCCCUAGCAAUGAUUGUUACCUCUCAUAACUAUAUUAGCCGCUUCCUUUCAGGUAUUAGCCUCUUACUAUUAGGAAUCUCCUUUUACUGUCCUCCUUCCCUAGUGUCAGUCAUCAGGAACUCACUGAAAGCCCUGUGCCUCGCGCUGUGUUGAGAGUCCAAAAGAGCUUACAAAAACGGGAUUCUAUUUGAGAGCACCUUAUAAUUUUGAAUGCUAUAAUCAUAAGAAUAGUUCAGAAUUUCUGUUGUCCCUAUUCAAAUCAUACUCAGAAAAUAGGCUUAUUUUUUUUCCCCUCAAGAAACUGUUUUCUGUUUGGUUUUGGGGCUACCUUGGCUCCUCUUGGCCCAAGGAUGAGACUUGGACACUCUGCCUGCAAAGCACAAGUUCCAGCCUUCAGAGCUAUCUUCCCGGCCCUGAAUUGUUUUCUUUAGAAAGGGAUCGCUUACUUUGAACUGGUAGUUCUUAUUAAUGCAGCCAUUUCUUUCUUUCUAUACGAUUUAAAGUGUCAGCUAACUUUAGUGGACAAAGACCAUGGCUCUGGUUGUCUCCCUCCUAAGCAUCAGUGUGACUCCAGGGAGGAGGACAUGCACUUCUUACUCUCUGUUGAGUUGCCAGCUGUUUCAGGGUUUUGGCUGAGAGGAGAGUGACAAGCAGAUAGGGGACACAGAUGGAUCUUCUGGCUUUUGUUUUUUCUUAUUUCUUUAUACAGACUCACUCUUUUUCCUUUAAGGAACGAAAAGCCCUAUAUAUUUGAAGUUUUAUAUGCUUUAAGUCAUGUGUUCCAAAGAAAGUAGAAAAAAAAAGCUGAUUUAUAUAAAUUUUUGAUAUGAUACAGAUUUUCUUAAGCUUUGUGCAAGUGUGUGUCUGACACAGCCAUGCAGCUCCGAGAGAGUCUAUAUGGAAAGUGGACUGCGGGCCAAGACCCUUCACUUCUCAGUGGCAUAGAACUCUUUCCAUGAUGGCACUUUCCCUUGGCUGUAGCAUCCUCCACAUGGUUUUUUUUUUUUUUUAAAGUUCUAGUACUGAAGAUAGAAUGGGAAGAAAGAACUAUUGGUGAAGAAAUGGAAAAUGGGAGAGGGACAGCUAAGAGACCUGCUACUUGGCAUAUUUCUCUUCAACACUGAAUAUAGUUCUGCACUUUUGAAUUUGACUCAUACCUAGUUUUAUAUAGAAACGAUUUUUUUUCCUUAUAGGUAGCACAUUGUUUUGUUCCUUGGUAUAUUGUUGCAUUUAGAACUAUAUGAAAUAAAUGUUGUUGUAACUAUGCCUUUGAAUAAUUUUUGACAUACUGAUUUUCAUAUAUCGUGUGAUAUUAAAGUCAGACACAUAUUCAAGAACCAGUCUUAGGUGGAAAUCUGUCAUAUGUCCAGUCUCACUGACUUGUUCAAUUAAAUGUCAUGAAGUUCUAUUAUUUGUAUUUGUAGGGUUUUGGUAUCACCACAACACAAGUAAGGUAGGGAAGCAAUAUAUUUGUUCAGUCUAGGUUGUUUACACAUGCGUAAAGAGUUUUGGAAAGAAUAGUCUCAUAUAUAUUGUAUGUAAUGAUGCUGUCCUAAUAGCCAUAUUGAGAGUACAUGAAACAUGAAAUACUUGGCUGGACAUCUGAUAAAACUGCUUAAAGAUAUAUUUUGUUUCUUUUCCUUUCUUGUUUUUGAUUUUGAGCCACAUUUGACUGCUCAGGGGUUAUUCCUGAUAGGCUUGGGGACCCAGGGAACACCAAACCCAGGCUGGCCUUACCCACUGUACUAUCUCUCUAGCCCCUUAAAGAUAUAUUUUGAACCAGGACAGUCCUGGUUGUAUGUGCAUACAGCUGGCAGUGAGCACUCACAAACUGUUGGCAGGAAAGCUCCUCACCCUUUGUCCUGAAAGCCCCAUCCAGGCCCAAGGAAACUGCACGAACACUUGUUCUUUAGAAGCCUUUGCUUCUGAAAUCCUUAGAAGAUUUGGUAGUGAGGUUGAUUUUAGGAUUCCCACUAGAGCAGCACUUUCUGUUACCCGAAAAUUAUGUUUUAGUAAAAUCUUUGGGCUGUGGAAACCGUCCAUAUUUGGACACUGUUUAGUGUAUUCCCUGCGCAUUCUGUGCAUAAAUAGAUGGGCCUGGAGGAAAGUUUUCUAGGAGGAAGAACGGGUGAUGAAACAUCCCACACUCAAAAGGACAGGAGUUUACUGAGACCAAAUAGCAGCAUAUAUGUGACCUUCAAAAUAAUGAAUUGUAAUUUGGAUCCCAAUUAAAAUAAUGAAGACAUCAUGAUAUUUACUAGGUCAAAAAUAUAUAUGUAAUCUAAUUUAUUCAUUCUCUUUAUCCGGUGAUCCCACCCUUAGGAGCACAGAUCUUAGGUUCCUGUGAUGCAGAAGGUAGUGAAUUUUGACUUGAACAGCUGCAUGGUAAUUGAAGAGUGCUUGCUGAAAAUUCAAGUCCUUAUGAGAUUGGGGGUGUAGCUCAGUGGUAGAGUCUUAGAUGUGAGGCCCUACGUCUGAUGUCCACUAACACAGCUUAAUUGUGUAAUUAUCCGAAUUGAAGAGGAGAGAGCAUCCAUUUUUAAGUACCACAGUUGAAUCAGUCUUAUAGAUUGUCUUAAAGAAAGGCAUUUUUUCAGACAGUAUUUUAAUUGUUAGUUUGAGAACUACAGGUUCCCUUUAUUAGUGUGGGUUUCAGCAAACACAAGCCUACCUCUGUUCACAGUAGUGUGGAUCAUGAAAUGACUAAUUUAAUCCACAUUCAUCAAUACUGAUAUUUUAUUACUGUGUUAGAGAAUUUUAUUUUCUUCAAUUAAAGAUUGUGAUUCAGUGUAGAUAAGCACAAGUACAGUAUUAGAAAAAGUAAAUAUGUACUCUUACUAAAAACGUUAACAUCUUUCUAAAAAGUCUUUGGGAUUAGAAAUUCGUAUCAAUAUAUGAAGAUAGUUUGCUUCGUAACUAUACAAGCCAUCUAUUUGAUAAAAAGUAUAAUUCUGUUAUCUUCUUUGGAAGUUUCCUAAUUAUUUUGGGCCACACCCAGUAGUGUCUAGGGCUUACCCGGGGGUCUGUGCUCAGGAUCAUUCCUCACAGGGUUCAGAGGAACAGAUGGGUGCUGGGGAUCCAAGCCAGGCUGUUUGCAUGCAAAGCAAGCGCUGUACUUUCAUUCUGGCCCCAAUUUUAAAAAUUAACUUGACAUACUGUUAGAGUUUAUUUAAUCUGAUUUUAAAAUAAUACUGUGAGAAAUCUUUUGGUGGAAAUAGAAAUAAAGUACUAAUAAAAAUAUAAUUACCAGUAUAUUCUACAGCAGAACAUGCGGCUCUUCCUGAACUUCCUGUAGGUACACAUUUAAGAGCUCACUGCACACCACCUUUCAUAUCUGAAGCCCAAGUUCUCUGAGGAAAACUCUUCCAAUUUUGGCCAAAUGCAGGAAUAUACAUUUUUAAAUUUCAUGUUUAACAGUUAAGACACUUUGUCUUUUGCCAACAGUUUGAUCCCUGGCAACACAGAGCUAAAAGUAGCCCCUACAACCACUGGCGUGACACCCAAAACCUCCCAAAAUACAUAGAAAUUCUGUGUCUGCAGACCUUUUUAGGAAAUGUUUUUCAUGAAUGUUUUUUUCCCCUUAUAGGGAAAAAUUUAUAUAUAGCUCAUGAAUAUUUAAUUUUGUUUAAAAAUGAUACUUUUUAAUCUAAGAUAUUAGAGCACAUUAGGGAAAAAAUUUUUUUCUACGGCCUUUAAAAAGUAGGGUUGCUCAGAUGAUAUUGUUGGCAUCAGUAUGAAUUCUGAUGCCUCUGCAAAGGGUCUUUUAAAGUGUAUGCCUAAAAGAGAGUAUUGUAAUGUAUGGAAUUUAAUUUGGGGAAAAAGAAAUCAGUAUAAAUUGAAAACAGUUAAUGUUUUCACUGCACAGUUCUAAAUGAAAGAAUAGUAUAUUUUAUACCACUUCCAUAAAUUGACUACCGUAAUUUUAAGGAUUGAUAAUAGCCAUCAUUUGUUGGCUUAAAAGUUACACAUUAGUGAAUCUUUUUCAGUGUUAGAUCCAGGUUUUGUGGAGCUUUAGUUGAUGGCUGUGAAAAAAGUUGUUUCUAAGAGAUUAUGGAUGGUAGUGAAAUAGGCAAGAACCUAUUUUAGAAGGAACUUUUUAGUGGUGCCUCAAGUAAACCCAGAGUGUUCAAUGCUUAAUCUUUGUUUGAGAAUACUUGGGUUAAAUGUAAUAGUCCUUAAAAAAAUUCUUUGGGGAGUGGAAAGAUAAUAUAGGGGGGUAAGACCCUUGCCUUGCAAGCAACCAACUCAGGUUUUAUCCCUGGCACAUCAUAUAUUCAUCUGAGCUCCACCAGGAAUGAUCCCUGAGCACAAGGAUGUGGCCCCAAAUCCUCCCAUCUCCCUCCAAAGAGUCUUUUUGUUUCAGAAAGUAAUAAAAUAAAGGAUGAACACAAUAUCUGAAUAAAUAGGAUAAGGAUAAAACCCUAGUCAGAUCGGGGCUUCCUGUUGCUUAAUUAGCUGAAGGUGACACUGAAGACAAUUACUUAGCUUUGUUCUUGAUUCAUUCCGGUAUGAAGGCUACUGGAACCAAAACAAUUAUGGUUAAAAUGAGACUUCCCAGCGUAGGAUACAACCCCUUCCACCCUAGCUCCCACUCCCAGGAUACUGAAAUGAUGGAGAUGAUAGUAGCCUCAGGUACAACUGGGGGACACUUUGUUUGCUUAAACAUGGUGAAUUUCUAAGAGGAGCAGAAUAAUUUUUUUCCCUCCUUUUUCUGAAAAGUGGGCAGUAGACCAACUAAAUUUAGGAACCUCUGGUUUAAAUCUUCCUUCAAGGUACCUCUCAGCUCUAAAUCAAUAAUCCUACGCUGAAUAAUCUGAUUUUAUUAUUUGUGUAAUCUUUUUCUUUUCAGUGCUUCAUUUUAUACUUAUGAGCUUUGGAUAGAAGGUAAUCUUUUUUGUUCUAAGGUAGAAAAUUCAUACAGAUGAGCAAAUGAGGGCAGUUUUCUAAGUGUUUCUUGUUAUUUACCCUAUGGAACAUUUGAACACAUGAAAAUUGUCAUUCGUGUCUUUGUUCAUCUAUAUAGCAAAUCACUCAACAUUCACAGUGUACAUUCAGUGUUUGGUGAAUAUGUCUUUAAAAACUAGUAAUAAGUAAACAGAAUCUUUCCAAAUCUUGAUUGUAGCUUAAACACUUGUGGAUGUAAUUGUUUCUAUUUGAUGUACUAGACAUGAAAUUGGAACUAGGGAUUUUUUUUUUUUGCUUUGGGUAAAGGAUCACACUAGAUGACAGCUAAGGUCUGAAUUAAUAUCACAUAUAUCAUAUGACUCCUAUAACACAUUUUACAUAAACAUCGACCAUGUAAUUGCAUAGGUUGCCUCAAGAUUAAAGGUACCUUUGAGGCUGCUUUGAGACCUUAGAAUUAGAAUUCUUGUCACAGCUCAUCUGUUCCAGACACGCUGCUGCAGCUCGGCCUGUGUGUCAGAGACAGAAGCUGAACCACAGUGGCUUCCCCCAAGGUUGGCUGUGCAGUAACUUUCUAGGGGGUCUCUAAACAGCUUUAUUAUUUUUAAAGUGGAAAAUAUUACAGAAAAUAAAUUUUAUUACUAUAAAUAUCUACAUUUUAGAAAGCACAUGUUUUACAUACUGAGAAGGCUUCUUCUUUCAAACAUAGAAAUGGCAAACACAGAACAGCUCCACACUGAUCCCACCAGUAUUUGGAGGGAAACAGUGGAAGAACUGACUGUUCUUCGGGCAGAGUCCUUACUCUGGGGGAUUCUGUGAGUAGUCUUUUAGUUUCUAAUGAUAGCCUGUUACAUAUUAACAUUACUUAAUGCUAACUUUCUCCAUUAAGAUAUGAAAUGAAAAUAUCUCGUGUAUUUUAAAGCAGGAAAGUAUCCAAAUUGGGUUAGAAUUUUUAACUAAUGGUGAGAAUAGAAACACAGGUAGCCAAGUAAUCAGUUUGAUUUUAAAAUAUUUUCCAUGGUACAGUUUAAAAUUUAUUUUGAAAAUAUUUUAAUUUACCUGGUCUUUUCAAUAUUUUAUGUUGUUUAAAUACCUACUAUGUAAAUACUUUUUUGUAUGCUUAAAUUUUUAAAGUUACAGAAUGUGUAUGCUAGUUAAUUUUGGAUGUAUAACUUUCAAGAUGUUUAAAUAGAGUCUCCCAGUCUCUGCGUUCAAAAGACUCCUGGUCUUUUAGUUUCUCCUAUGCAAAACCAAAAUGGAUCGAGGUAAAUCCCAACAGCUCUCCACCAGGGAGAGAGCCAGCGCUGCUAGAGCGAAGGGCAGUGCAGAAUGGCACUGACACAGGAGCAGGGAGGGCAGCCUCUGCUCAGUCAGUGCUUUCUGUCUUUUUGGUAAAAAUAUUUUGUUGAUUCAACAAAGACAAAUUGUGAUCUGCUUUUUAAAUUAGCUUUUUUUGUAUUUCAGGCAACAUUAAAUUUUUUUAUUCCUUUUUGGUUCCUUUCAUUAUUCAUUAUAGGAUCUUCAUAUUAUUAAAACCUCAAAAGUUGAACCAUCUAGAAUGAACAAUGCAUCAUCAAAGGAAAAGAAAAAAAUUAUCUUUAUUGAAAACAAAUGUUAUGGCUAUACAUAGAUAUCUGUUUUCUUUACACUGAGUAUUGUAUUAGCGUCCUCCUUCAGGAAAUGAAAUAGUUUUAGUCUCCUUAGCAUUAGCGAUCUGGGAUUGGUGUCUAUAGCUUCAGCUGAAAAAUGUAUAAUCUUGAAAAUGAAGUUAAUUUUUACAUUGUAAAAGCACACCAUGACCUAUGUAAAAAGAUUGUCCAUUUGGUGUAUUUUUUUUUUAAAGAAAGCACUUUCAUAUUAACAAGUAGCAUGUGUAUGAAUCUUAGAUUUUCAUAUUUGUUGUGUCUGUAUUCAGUGAAGUAAAAUUGAGCAUUCAAAUGUUUGUUGAUGGCAACAUUAACUGUUAAAGCACCUUAUACUCUGCUGCUUAAACUUGCUUGUAAUUGCACCUUUGUUACCUGCACAUUUUCACAUAGAAUAUUGUAACAUUGCUUCAUGUGGGUCUGGAUGGAAGGUUAGUGGGCCUGCAGGAUCAUUUAUUUAUAUUACAAUAAUAUAUUGUAGACCAGUUGUAAGUUCAUUUCUUUACAAAUAAAAGCCUCUUCCAUUUGGCUGA